GAAGGAGUGCACUUCAGCCAGCCGAUGCACCCUUGCUGUCCGCGAAUCCAGGAGGUUUUGGUCCAGCGGACGGCGGUCUCAGAGCGUGGCUUACUGUCUUUGGCGCAUUCCUGGCUCUGUUUUGCACAUUUGGCCAGAUGAACGCCUUUGGCACGUUCCAGUCCUGGUAUUCGGAUCACCAAUUAAGUCAAUUCUCGGCUUUCACCAUCUCUUGGAUUGGCUCCCUCCAGUUAUGGGUAUUCUUCUUCAUGGGAGGGCCUAUUGGACGUGUUUUCGACGCAUAUGGACCGACGCCUAUAAUGAUUACGGGUGCAUUCAUUUACGUAUUCAGCCUGAUGAUGACGAGUCUGUCCACGAAAUAUUAUCAAUAUGUGCUGUGCCAGGGAAUCUUAUUUGGAGCUGGUGUUGGCAUGUUGUUUUACCCCUCCCUUGCCGCCGUAUCAACUCAUUUCCAAAGAUACCGAGCUACCGCUCUGGGUGUGGCUGCAGCUGGUUCCAGUUUGGGUGGGGUGGUAUAUCCUAUUAUGCUUCAGUGUCUGUUCCGCGCAAUUGGCUUUGGUUGGACGGUCAGAGUUUCAGGUCUGAUAUCUGCGAUCUGUUGCCUGGUGGCUAUCCUUACUGUCAAAAGCCGCUUACCCACCGGGAAAAUAUCUAGUCCAUGGGCGGACACCAGAAUUUUUAAAGACAAGGCCUUCAUGCUCCUUGUUGCUGGCAGCUUCUGUGUUUGCUUGGGGUUUUUCACUCCUUUCUUCUAUAUUGUAGACUACACUCAAGGUCUUUCCGUUCCUCGACAC